AUGGCCACCCUUUCAAGGAAGCGCAAGUCCCCCGAACCCGGCGACCACCACGCGCCUGAACACGACGAUCCUGUCAUGGCCCCUCGGACCCCAAACGGAAGCCCAACCAGAAAGAGAAUGAGGAUCACACUUAACCAGAAACAAGCGUUGAUUGAUAACUUGCAGCUGGAGGUCACUGAACGCGCGCGCAAACUCCGUGCGCACUACGCGUUACAAGCCCAAGACCUCCGUGGACGCAUUGAGCGACGCAUAAAUCGCAUACCGACUGCUCUGCGAAAGCAAAGGAUGGGCGACUUGCUUGCUAAAUACUCGGAAUCAACCAAGGCUGUGGAUGCGGGGAAAAAGCCGAGGUCGACAAUAGCAUCCAAAUCGUCUAGUAGAGCUGCGGCGGGAGGAACCACAAAUUCGGCGGACGGUCAUUAUGGUGCGUCCACUGCUCGAACAACUCGGGGGGUUAAGCGGACAAGCGAUGAAAUGCUUGCCUCCGAUAAAGAAAACGCCCCCUUUCAAGUUCAGGACCACCACAAACACCACAAUCCUGCAGUGCAUGCGCCGCUGUCAAACCCGAAGAAACGUGGCACGCCUAAUGCACAUCCUGCAGGACAUCAUCCCCGGGUGCUAUCUCAGUUUACUGAAACGGGCGUCUUAUCGCCGAAAUCCUCCAAUUCUAGGACAUUCCCGCAAUCUCCACUGCGCAAUGUGACUGGGAAAUCGCAAACGCAGCUUGGUAGUAGUGUUCGUCCAUUAUCGCCUCUGAAGCAUACGAGCCCGAUUAAGCAGGCCGGGGCAGGGAACGCGAAAACACGAUCGACGAGAUGUACUACUGGUACCACUGCGGCUGGGACACGGAAGGAUUCGCCACACGCCAACGACGGAACGGGCACACGGAGACAGACGACUGCAAAAUCUACCGCGUCGACGACGUCGAAGAGAGCAACGGUAGCCUCGGCAACAGCGCCACCGUCGCGACCUACUACUCGGCAAAGGAACACGAGAAGGAAUAGCGGCGACUCUACUAUUUCGAACAUGUCAUCGGGCACGACCAUUGUGAAGACUACGAUGAGAGGCGGCGGCGUCACGGGUUCUCAGAAAGGAACAGGCACACGUACUGUUUCUGCGGCGAGUAAACGGCCACCGGUUCCUCGUGCAGGGACGAAGAAGACGACAGCGGCAGCGGGAGCAGGUUCAGUGGUGAAAAAGGCCCGGGCGACGGAGGAGUCUGGGAAACGAGUUCUCAGGAAGAGGGUUUAA